GAGUGGAGUGAGGAGAUAUAAAGACCGUGCGCGUCUCAUGCGUGUUUGGAGAUGGAGAGAGAAAAUGAGACAGAGCAAGGCGCAUCACUCAGGGGGAGUAGGCGUGCUCUUCUGCGCUGCAUCGUUUGAUGUUCUCCUCCCCACUACACCCUAGUUCCCCUCCUGAACCUCCACAGUGCGUUCUUAAAAGUCUCCUUGGUGGUGGACUUUUUGGUUAUUUAUUUAUUUGGGGGAAAGUGGGGGCUGUCUGGACGCGCAGCAGCAGUGCAGAGCGCACCGGUAAGCGGAGCCACACGGUCCGCGGCACACCGGAGAAGUUCCACAGCGCAGGCAGGAGGCUGCAGUUUUAGCCAAGACGCGCGCGUCCCGCACCAGAGGAGCUGAGCAUGAUGUCAUGAAUUGUUCGGUCACUCAGUAUAGGUGACUCUUGCUUUUUUUUUUCAUGGUUUUGUUUAGAAUUUUUUGAAUUUUCAGAAGGAGAGAAAAAAAACUCGCACUGUGCGCGCCAGCAGCAAAGAUGCAAGUGGGUCGGAGCUCUGCGGCUCCCUGGACUCGGUUUACCUGGCUGCUCCUACUUUUCUCAACUCUCGGGGUAACCGGGGUGGGAGGCUCUCACCAAAGCAUCCCUGCGACAGUAGUGAAGUUAUGGGCAUCAGCAUUUGGAGGAGAAAUGAAAUCCAUCUCUGCAAAGUAUUCCGGCUCCCAGCUGCUGCAGAAGAAAUACAAAGAAUUUGAGCAUGCAGUGCGGGUGGAGGAGAUCGAUGGGCUGCGACUGGUAAAGAGGUUGGCAAAGAACAUGGAGGAGAUGUUUCACAAGAAAGCCCAGGCUAUGAAGAGACUKGUAGAGGCUGCAGAAGAAGCCCACCUUCAGCACGAAGAGGAUCCAGACCUACAGUAUGAAUACUUCAAUGCUGUGCUGAUCAAUGAGGUUGAUGCGGACGGGCACAAUGUAGAGCUGGGAGGAGAGUUUGUCCUGCAACCUAAUGAUCAUUUUAACAACAUGUCAGUCAACCUCAGCCUCAGUGUGGUCCAGGUGCCCACCAACAUGUACAACAAAGACUCAGCGAUUGUCAAUGGGGUUUACUGGUCCGAGGCUCUAAACAAAGUGUUUGUGGACAACUUUGAGAGAGACCCGUCACUCAUAUGGCAAUACUUUGGWAGCGCCAAGGGUUUUUUCAGACAGUACCCAGGAAUCAAGUGGAAGCCAGAUGAAAACGGAGUUAUAGCUUUUGACUGUCGUAACCGGAAGUGGUACAUCCAAGCUGCCACUUCUCCAAAGGAUGUGGUGAUCCUGGUGGAUGUCAGUGGCAGCAUGAAAGGCCUGAGGCUGACCAUCGCCAGACAGACGGUGUCCUCCAUCCUGGACACUCUUGGAGAUGAUGACUUUUUUAACAUAAUUGCUUACAAUGAAGAGUUGCAUUAUGUCGAACCAUGUCUGAAUGGAACGCUGGUCCAAGCAGAUGUAACCAACAAAGAUCAUUUCCGGGAGCACCUGGACAAGCUGUUUGCUCAAGGCAUUGGCAUGUUGGACGUAGCUCUGACUGAGGCGUUCAAUCUUCUCAGUGAUUUCAACAAGACGGGGAGGGGCAGUGAGUGYAGCCAGGCCAUCAUGUUGGUGACCGAUGGAGCGGUCGAUACGUAUGAUGCCAUCUUUGCCAAGUACAACUGGCCGGAGCGGAAGGUUCGAAUAUUCCCUUACCUGAUUGGUCGGGAGUCAGCCUUUGCAGAUAACUUGAAAUGGAUGGCAUGUGCUAACAAAGGCUACUUCACUCAAAUUUCCACACUGGCAGACGUACAAGAGAAUGUGAUGGAGUAUCUCCACGUGCUGAGUCGUCCCAAAGUCAUUGACCGGGAGCAUGACACAGUGUGGACUGAGGCAUACAUUGACAGCACCCUCCCCCAAGCACAACAGAUGGACGACGGUCAAGGUCCAGUUCUGAUGACCACAGUGGCGAUGCCGGUGUUCAGUACAAAGAAUGAGACAAGAAACCAUGGAAUACUUCUUGGUGUGGUUGGGACAGAUGUGCCCGUCUCUGAGCUGCUUAAAACUAUCCCCAAAUAUAAGCUUGGCAUUCAUGGCUACGCCUUUGCAAUCACCAACAAUGGCUACAUCCUCACCCAUCCAGAUCUACGGCCACUUUACGGAGAUGGCAAGAAGCGGAGAAAGCCAAACUACAGCAGUGUGGAUCUGUCUGAGGUGGAAUGGGAGGAUAAGGAUGACACGCUAAGAAACGCCAUGGUCAACAGGAAAACAGGAACCUUCUCGAUGGAGGUGACAAAGAGCGUCGAUAAAGGGAAACGGGUUCUGAUUUUGCACAAUGAUUACUACUACACAGACAUCAAAGGGACUCCAUUCAGUCUAGGUGUAGCUCUUUCCAGAGGCCAUGGGAAAUUUUUCUUCAGAGGAAACGUAACCGUAGAGGAAGGACUUCAUGACUUGGAGCAUCCCGAUGUUGCUCUGGCAGACGAAUGGACGUACUGCAACACAGAUGAGCAUCCAGAACACCGUUAUCUGUCCCAAAUAGAAGCAAUAAAAAUUUACCUCAGCGGACAUGAACCGCAUUUGCAAUGUGACAAAGAGCUGAUCCAGGAAGUUCUCUUUGACGCAGUGGUGACCGCUCCACUGGAGGCCUACUGGACCAGCCUUGUGCUCAAUAAGUCUGAGAACUCUGAUAAAGGUGUGGAGAUAGCCUAUCUGGGCACAAGGAUGGGGCUGUCCAGAAUCAAUCUGUUUGUGUUGCCUGAUGAACUUACAAACCAAGACUUCCUAACAGCUGAAGACAAAGAGGGGGUGUUUAACGCUGACCACUUUCCUCUGUGGUAUAAGAGGGCAGCAGAACAAGUUCCAGGAACUUUUAUCUACUCUCUGCCUUUCAAUUCAGGAUCCGAAAACAAAAGUGUUGUGUUGGCCAGUACUGCCAUUCAGCUUCUGGAUGAGAGGAAAUCCCCUAUAGCUGCAGCUGUGGGCAUCCAGAUGAAAUUGGAGUUUUUUCAGAGAAAAUUCUGGACGGCCAGCAGACAAACGGGAAACUUUUUUGGUCAAGUCGAAGGCGCUGUAAUGAAUAAGCUUCUACAGAUGGGCUCCUUCAAAAGGGUCACUCUUUAUGACUACCAGGCUCUGUGUCGGGUCUAUUCAGAGAGCAGUGACAGUGGGCACACUCUGCUGGAUCCUUACUUUGCUUUUUUUGCAGCGGUAAAGUGGAUUCUGACCGAGCUUGUCAUAUUCCUGGUUGAAUUCAACUUGUACAGCUGGUGGAACUCUGACCUCACUUCAAAAGCUCAGACGGCAGGUCCAACCAUGCAGGUGCCGUGUGACACAGAGUAUCCAGCCUUUGUUUCGGAGAGAACCAUCAAAGAAAACAUGGGGAACAUCGACUGCGAUGGCUGCAUCAAGUCCUUUGUAAUCCAGCAGAUCCCCAGCAGCAACCUUUUUAUGGUGGUGGUGGACAACAAGUGUGACUGCAGCAACUUUGAGCCGAUCACCAUGGAGCCCAUUGAAAUCAUGUAUAAUGAAUCACUCAAAUGUGAGAGAAUAAAGAUGCAAAAGGACAGGAGGCGUCCGGACACCUGUCACCCUUUCCACCCAGAGGAGAACUCAAUGGAGUGUGGAGCAGCUUUGAGUCUUAUACCAUCUUUUGCAACGACUCUGUUCUGUGCUCUCAUGGCCUUGCUCCUUAGGUGACCACAGCUGGUCCCGCCUUAACCGUCUAGAGUUGGAUUGGCCCGGCAUGCAAAAUAAUCACAGAAAAUGACACCUCUGUACUACAUGAAAUUGUUCCCAAUUUCAAUUCAUCACCUGCCAAGUUUUUAGCUCUGUGGUACAUAUUUAGAAGGACUGACAUGGAUAAUGUUUCAGCUGCUAAGUAGUAAUCAAUAAGGUGCUUUCAGAAUAUCCAUAUGAGGUACAAAGAGAAGUUGCUGAGUAAAUACAAAAUUAAGAUAACAUACACUGCAGWUGAAAGCUUAAAAAGAAACUACACAAGCAUCUUAGCUCUACCUACUGACACAAACACCACUAAGUCCAGUCCUUUCAGGUACAAGCUACAGGUUGUGGUCCAWAGGUGGGAUUUGAACUGGAUUUUAAUGCCAAGAAACACCCAUGUUGACAGAGAGACGUGCACCUUUCCUGGACUCACUCUGAUUUCCAUGGACAUUUAUUCUGAAGAUAAAAACAGUACAAGAUGAUGUAUACAUGUGGCUGGGAUUGUCAUAGAUAUUUGUCUAAUGAUCUUUUUUCCAUGACAGAAAAGUUAUAAUAUAUACUUUAUGUAUUAUAUAAAAAACGUCCUAUGUAUAUUUUACAAGUGGUACCCAUAAACUGUGACUAUGAGAUUUUGAGUCCUCUGAUGUGAGUGGUUGUUAAUAUUUGAGCUUUGCCUUAUGAAACAAUGUUGGUCCCGUUUGUGUACUUUUGAAAUAAAAUAAUCUUGAAAAUGUU